UUGUCCCACCAUGUUCGCUUCGACGAUGGCAUGAGACCCUCGCCGCCAUGCCGUUCCACAUGGCCAGUCCGUUUCCGCGUGCCGUUCGCGGACACGGUGGUAGUGCCGGCGCGGUUCGUGCCGCGUGGUUCCUGCCGCUGGGGACGUGCUGAUGUAGCCGUUCUGGCGCUUCUCGCCGCCCACGGGCGCCGGACGCCGCGAGGGACACGGGCGCUGCCGGAGGGCCUUGAACGGCUACAGAACAGCGCAGACCACUCAUGGCUACGUGAUUUGCAAGCAGAGCCGCAGCAGGAACUGCAUCGCCCCAACCGCGAGAAGCGCUUGGUUUCUUCAGGCCACUUCGUGCGAGUGGAGCCCACACCCUUGUUGAAUACCUCGCUGGUGGCGUUCAGCCCAUCCAUGGCCCAAGUGCUGGGCCUUCAAUCUUCGGACUGCGAGUCCCAGGAGUUCCUGCACUUCAUGUCGGGGCAAGUGGAAGUUUUGCCCAAGAUGAAGAGCUGGUGUACUCCAUACACCCUCUCAGUGGCGGGCAAUGAAAUCAGUACUGGGAACAUGUACGGAGAUGGGCGCGCCAUCUCUGUUGGCGAAGUCCUGCUGCACGAUGAUCGGUGGGAGCUCCAGUUGAAAGGUGCCGGCUGCACCCCCUUUUGUGGCGGUGCCGAUGGCCGUGCGGUGCUGCGGUCCUCGCUCCGGGAGUUCUUGGCGUCUGAGGCCAUGUACCACUUGGGGGUGCCCAGCACGUGGGCGCUGUGCGUGGUCAUGUCAACCUCAGAUACUGCCCUUCGAGAAUGGGUGGGCGAGACCCUCUUCGAGCCGUGUGCGAUGACCUGUCGAGUGGCAAGAUCCUUCCUCCGUGUAGGGCACUUGGAACUGUUCGGCCGCCGCGCGCGGGACUUCGGAAGCGCCGAGGCCCGCUUGGAACUCGAGCAGCUGCUGCGUCAUGUCCUGGCGCGCGAAUACCCGGAAUGCCUCGAUCCCCAAGAUGACUCCCUCCGACCGGCGCUGAUGCGGAUGCUGCGGCCCAUGGGGGAGCGCAUGGCCCAGUUGAUGGCGCAGUGGUGGAGAGUGGGCUUUUGCCAAGGAAAUUUUCAGUCCGACAACUGCCAUCUGGGUGGUCGGACCUUGGACUUCGGGCCCUUUGGAUUCCUGGAGCGCUACAACCCUCGCUACUGUAGCUGGUCCGGUGGCGCCGAACACUUCAGCUUUCGAUUGCAACCCAAAGCUGCCUUGCAGAACUUGGCCAGCGCGAUCCGUGCCAUGGACUGCCUUUUGGACAGCGAGGGCCGCGAGGAGGGACAGCAAGUGCUGCGCGACUUCCCGGCAUUGCUGGCAGAGGCCUUCGCAGAAGUGAGGAUGGAGAAGUUGGGCCUUUGCUUCUGGGACUCCGACGCCGCGCGCUUGUGCGACGAGCUGCUGCAGCUCAUGGAGGCCUCCGCCGCCGAUUGGACCCUGCUCUGGCGCCGCCUCGCCGACGUGGCGCAGGACUGGGACGAGCUGAUGGAGGGCGGAAGGCUCUUGGAACCUCUCCAAGGAAGCUUCUACUUGCCCUUGUCUCCUGAGCUGGAGGCUGCUUGGAGCCGUUGGCUCCUACGGUGGCUCACCCGUUUGCAAGGCGAAGGCGACUGCGAAGAGGUGGCACAGCAGAUGAGACGGGUGAAUCCUAAGUAUGUGCCGCGGAAUUGGAUGCUGAUGGAGGCCUACGAGGCGGCGGAGGCAGGAAACUUCCAAGUGGCACAGCGCUUGCAGCAGAUCUUCGCGAGCCCGUACGAGGAGCAUCCCGAGGACGAAGCUCGGUAUUUCCGUCUGGCGCCGGUGGAGAUGCGCACGCGGCCGGGGGUCUUUGUGAUGAGCUGAUCUUCGUAGGAACGGAACCAGCGUGUGGAGACGAGGUUGGUGGAGCAGAAGCUGGAUCGAAUGGAUCUAUGAGAGGGUAUAAUCAUAGACGCUUAACCCACCC